GUCAAAAUUGACAUUAGAAUACAAAAUUUGUUUAAUGUUUGAUUCAGAAUAAUAUUCAUAUCAUGCAGUAUUUUGUGUUGAUUGGCCUUUGGCUCACUACUCUUUCAAAGUAGGCGAAGCCACGACUGAUUUUCGUAUUUUUCGAUGUUCUUGGGUAAAAACACUUUCAAGCUUGUCAAAAUAUUUUAGAGGUAGUAGGUACAUCUAUUUUGUUAUCAUAAAAUAUAAGUGAUAGUUUCCAUACACGAUGGAACAAAUACUCCUUAAAAAAGAACCUGAAGAACUUGUUGAAGAUUUUAAUGGUGCUAUUUUGAUGAAUUACAAUAAACCAAGACAAACCUCUGCUGACCAAGUAAUGCCUUCAACCUAUUCCAUGGCAAUUAAAAAAGAAUUGAAUGAUAACGACAACUCAAUGAACCACAACGAAUCAUGGGUGAAAAAAGAAUCAAAAACGUCCACAAAUGAAGAAAACGAUUUUAGUGAAGCUGAGCAAUUCAAAAUGAAAUUCAAAGACAAAAAAGAAAUUGUUUUUGACAAAGGUUGUGAUAUGGAGUUUCAACCAGCAAAGUUUGAAAUAAUGAAGCAAGUAGUCGUUAAAAAAGAAACUGAAGACCUAGUCGACUAUUCCUAUUCAAUGAAUUACGAUAAACCAAGACCAACCUUUGCUGACCAAGAGAUGCCUUCAACGUCUGGGAUAGCAAUAAAACAAGAAACCAAAGAUGAUAACGACAACUCCAUGGGUUACGAUGAAUCGGGGGUGAAAGAAGAACCAGGAACGUCCACAGAUGAAGUAGACUAUUUUGAUGUAGCCGAACCAGUCGAACUGAAAUUCAAUGCAGAAAAAAAAAUGUUUGUUUUGAAAGGGAGCGACAGUGAAGUUGUAAAUAAAGAAAUAUUGGCGAAAACAGGCCUUCUAAAAGCAGGAAAAGAGACUGGCGGAGUUGGCGAAGAAAAGUUAAAAUGUGAGAUUUGUACAAAGAAUUUUAAAACAAAGAUGGGUUUAAUUAGUCAUGACAAGUAUUUUCAUAGAAAAGACGAACUGGAAAAACUUACAUGCAACAAAUGUGACUAUGAAACUGUAAACAAAAGUAACUUAAAAAAACAUUUGAAAAUCCACGACAAGGAUAACUAUUUAAAGUGCCAUUUUUGUCAAUAUAAGGCUGCCCAAUUAGUUCAAUUAAGUGCGCAUAUUCUAAGUUAUCAUAAGUUGGAAAAUAAACUAAAAAUAACAAGUAAAAUUUAUCAGUGCACUAAAUGUACAUAUUCAACUGUUAUAAAAACAAAUUACGAUAAUCACGUAAAAGUUUGUUUGAAAUUAAAGAAUGUUAAGUGGUAUAAAUGUGAAGUUUGCGACUACAAAACUAUUGAUACAAGUAAUUUUCACGCUCAUAAAAAAACUCAUAAUAAAAUAAAGCAAUUGGAAUGUUUGUUUUGUCCACAUAAAAGUAAUAUAAAAAAAAAUUUAGACAACCAUAUUUUAACCAAACAUUUGGAUUUGUUAAACGAAUCGAAUAAAACUUUCAUCACUUCCAAAGUACAUGCAUGCAACCAUUGUCAAUAUAAAACUACUAACACAAUUUAUUUAAAAAAGCAUUUAAAUCAUAAUCAUUGAUUAUAUUUCAUUUAAAUAUCUAUUCCAAACGAAAUCCAAAUUUUGUAAUUUAGUUGUUAAUAAAUUAUUUUUAUUUUGAAAUCAUAUUUUUAUUAAGCAACUUUAAAAAAUCGUAAACUUAUAAGUUUAUUAUUAAUUACACUAUGAUAGUUCAAUUUACUAACAUUGAGUACGCCCACCAAUAUUACCUAAUUUUGGGCUGCUGAUUUCAAAAAUGCCACUCGUUUUGCGCCAGCACGUCUAGGAUUCGAAAUAAUUUCGUAAUAAAAUGCUCUGCUUAAUUAUCUCAAUAUGUAAGUUUUUCGUUAAUAUUUUCAUUAUUUAUUAAAUUAUUUUGCCUUAAAUCUAAUUUGGAUGUUCAGUAUAUUUUUGACGUUUUUUGUCAAAAAUAUACAAAGUCAUCGGUAGAUAAAAGAAAUAGAAAUUUUGUUUAUUCCAUUGUAGCCUUAUACUAUAGUAGUAUUUUAUAAGGGAUAUUUAAUAAAGCACUUUUCUGCAGAGAAGUGCUUUAUUAAAUACC